AUGGAGGCACAAGAUGCCCCCUCCGAGGCGGAUGCUUCCCAACACGCAGUCACCGUGGACACCUCUUCGUCCACACGAUGCUCGUCUUCUUCGAGGAGACCAUCUCACAGGGCUCAUGCUCCUCAAAAGGAAGCCCUCGACCCUAAUCUCGACGUCAACUUGCCCUACCGGACGCUCACCUCUGGCGCCCGCAUGGACGAGUACACGGUUCCUUCUCGCACGGGCGAGAUCCCGCUCGACCAGACGCACAAGCUCGUCGCGUUCACGCCCGACGACCCGGGGAACCCCAAGAACUGGAGCAAGGCGUUCAAGUGGUACUGCACCAUGGUGGUGGCGCUGACGUGCUUCGUCGUGGCGAUGGCGUCGUCUGUGGUGACGGCCAACAUUAGCGGCGUGGCGGAGGAGUUUGGCACGAGCGAGGAGGUGGCCCUGCUGAGUAUCACGCUGUUUGUGGUGGGCUUUGGUGUUGGGCCCAUGGUGUUUGCGCCGCUGAGCGAGAUUUACGGCCGGAGGAUCAUAUAUAUUUCAUCUUGGAGAUAUGUGAUGGCAGACGCUGACCGUUUGUUCUUUGCUGAUAGCGGAUCUACACUGCUCAUUGCCGUCGUCUUCAUCAUCCCGUGCGCCGUGUCCAAGAACAUGGCCACGCUGCUCGUCUGCCGAGCCAUUGACGGCAUUGCCUUUUCUGCGCCAAUGACGCUUGUAGGUGGGACGCUGGCGGAUUUAUGGAAGAACGAAGAGCGCGGCGUGCCCAUGGCGGCGUUUUCGGCGGCUCCUUUUAUCGGUCCUGCGAUCGGUCCUCUCAUCGGCGGCUACCUCUCCGAUGCCGCCGGCUGGCGGUGGCUCUACUGGAUCCAGCUCAUCUUCGCCGGCGUGGUCUGGUUCCUCAUCACCUUCACCGUGCCCGAGACGUACGCGCCGACGAUCCUCGACCGCCGCGCCCGGAAGCUCCGCGCCUCCACUGGCGACGACUCCCACGUCACCGAGCAGGACCUAGACCUGCGGCCCAUGGCGGAGCGCCUGCGCAUCUUUCUGUUCCGCCCUUUCCAGCUGCUCUUCCAGGAGCUCAUCGUCUUCCUCAUCUCGCUGUACAUGAGCGUCCUCUACGGUCUCUUGUACAUGUUCUUCGUCGCAUUCCCAAUCAUAUACCAAAAGGGCAAGGGGUACUCUGCGGGCAAGACGGGGCUGAUGUUCAUCCCCGUGGCGGUGGGCGUGCUUGGCUCUGCGUUUCUCUCGCCGCUCGUCAACAAGCACUACAUGUCGCUUGUGAGGCGGCACAACGGCCACCCUCCGGCCGAGGUGCGCCUGAUCCCCAUGAUGGCUUCGUGCUGGUUCAUACCCGUGGGUCUCUUCAUCUUUGCGUGGUCGUCGUAUCCGCAGUUGUCUUGGGCUGGGCCGGCCAUGGGCGGAUUCCCAGUCGGCUUUGGCUUCAUUUUCCUGUACAACUCGGCCAACAAUUACCUCGUGGAUUCGUAUCAGCACCAGGCUGCCUCGGCUCUGGCGGCCAAGACGUUCAUCAGGAGCUUUUGGGGCGCUGGCGUGGUACUGUUUACGGAGCAGAUGUACGAUCGGCUGGGCGAUCAGUGGGCCUCGUCGCUGCUCGCCUUCAUCAGCUUGGCCUGCUGUGCUAUUCCGUUCCUGUUCUGGAAAUAUGGUGCUAGAAUCCGUGCGAGAAGCAAGUAUGCGUAUGGAGGGGACAGUGCCGAGGGCUCUGGGGUGGAUGAUGUCGAGAAGGCGAGGAAAGGCGAUGCGAAUGGGGGCCAGGGUCUUGUGCGGGAUGAUUUGGAGCAUGACGCCGAUUUGAGAAGAGCCAGGAGUUAUGUCAGCAAUCCUUGA